CAACAAGAACUCGAACUUGAAUUAAACCCAGAUUCAAACUGCUGUGUUUUUAUAUCACACGUCCAUUCUUUGAUUAUAAAUAAAAACAAUAAGACAAAAUUAGAAAUAAAAAUACAAAAAUGACACUGGUAGAUACCGGCCUAAGUGGGCGACUUAACCCAGACGAUAAUAUACCUUUUCCUAAAAUAGAGAAACCCCAGAUACUUGGAUGCUUCAGCAUCAACACAAACCGCGACUAUGAAAAAUCAGCGGAAAACUUCCGUUACUUUCGUAUGCCACACAAAUUCCCUUUGGAUCUUAACAUUGGUUAUGGAUUGGCGAAAUCCAAACAAGAGCUGAUGCAAGAUGAGCGACUUGACAAUAUUCUGCAAUUCAUAAACAGCCAUAAGGAUGAGCUUGUGUCGAAAUCAGACCUGCCAAGCAGCAGGGGAGUUGGGGAAUUUGACUUUAUUUGCUUUCGCGGGCUUCUCCGUUUGCUGAUGUGCACGCCAUAUGAAUGGAAAGAAGAUUGGUGUGUGCAUGCUACCCGCUACAAGGGUAAUAUAUACUUGAGUCAGAAGGAGACGGAGCAAAAAAGGCAUGACCGGCUCAAUCAAAAUGAGAAUCAGAAAAAAUUCUGCGCAUAUGGUUUCAAAUUUGAGCAAUAUUGCAUGACGUAUAACCCGUCUGAAGAACCCAACACAAGUGCUCCUGUAGAUGAAUGUGAAGAGUUCUGCUGUAUGUACAAGACCAAGAUUCAAGGUAUGGAACUGCUGUUUGGGGCUGAAAUAGAUGGUGCGAUAAGCAGCACUGUUUGCAAGAAUAUCGAAAACAAAGAUGUACUGAACUCUUUGAAGCUGGUAGAACUCAAGUGCUCAUUGAGACCGUCCAAUGAAAGACAGCAGCAAAACUUUUACCGCUUCAAGUGUAGGAAUUGGUGGUGCCAGAGUUUUCUGGUUGGAAUUCAGGAUCUCAUGGUUGGCUAUCGGAAUGAUAAGGGGUUUGUAGACGAAAUAAAACAUAUGGAAGUACGUUCAUUACCAAAGAUGUCUUCCAAUUUUUGGACUCCUUCGCAAUGUGCUGAUUUCCUUGUGAGGUUCCUCCAAAUGGUCAAAAAUGUAUUAAGAGAUGUAAACUGCCCCCACACAGUUUACGAAUUCAAUUUCGAUCCUCGAUCUAAGGCAAUUGGCUAUCGGAUCUACCGGGGAAGGUCUCUGCACACCAUAUUACCAGAUUGGUAUGUGAUGAUGUUGCAACAGCGAUCCAACUUAGGGCUGACAAGAACUGUUUCCAAUAUGUAAUUAGUUCAGUACAUUGGUUGGCUUUUGAAAUCAAUUUUUUUAUUUAUUCUUUUUCAACAAUAAAUGACCUUUGGGCUUGAGCUUAUUAUCUAU